GCUCCAAGUUCCCUCCCUCGCUCUCCCGCGGAGCCUGCCGGAGCCCGCCCCUUCGGUGCGGAGGAGCAAACGCGGCGGCGGUCAGCCCAGCCCUCCGUUGCCGCCCGAUCUGGGCCGGUUCGGCUAACCCGGUCCACUCCGAGCCGGCGGCGAGGACCCGGCGGCUACUCCAUCCCGGCCUGCAGUGCAUCGCGGGGCCCAAGCUCCUCCUCGCGGUCUCCGGAGCCUGGCGCCUGGCCUGGCCGCCUUGCAGGGGCCGGAGUGCGGCCAAGAAAUCCCAAGCUGGACGCUGAGAACAUCAGGCCUAUCUUUUCUGAGAGUUGAAUCAAAAGCUUCCAGGACUCUAUGGCCUAGAAGUGAAAUUAAAGAUACCUCCUGCUGCAGAGAGUGCUUUAAGCAAGGAAGGUUUUCCUUGGCUUCUGUCUGCAUUCCAUAAGAUACGCAUUGCCUUUUAGCUCUGCCUGCAGUUGAGCACAAAGACCUGAAGGAGAGACUCCCACAGCCUUCAGGGAGAAGAAAGGAGGCAGCCAAGCCUAUUAAAAGGAACUUGUGGCUUGUGGCCUUUUUGUGUAGGAGCGGCCUGGAAGGGGAGAAAAGUGCACCGAAGCCACAGUGGCGGUUAAUGAGUGAGAUGAGGCGCAGCCGCGGCUGACACUGCUUCCAGGAUCCUUCAUCUGCCCUUUGUGCUUCGUGUACAUGUGUCUGUUCAGGCCGGCCAGAGGCACCCAGAAGAGCAUCCACCACGGCUGCCGGGGAAAGACCGCCCACCAUGCCCACGGAGACUCUACAGACAGGUAGCAUGGUGAAGCCUGUCAGCCCCGCGGGCACCUUCACGUCGGCGGUGCCCCUGCGCAUCCUGAACAAAGGACCCGACUACUUCCGCAGGCAGAAUGAGCCCAACCCCAAGAGACUCAGUGCGGUGGAGCGGCUGGAAGCUGACAAGGCCAAGUACGUCAAGAGCCAGGAGGUGAUCAAUGCCAAGCAGGAGCCAGUGAAGCCGGCCGUGUUGGCCAAGCCCCCUGUGUGCCCAGGAACCAAGCGCGCACUGGGCAGCCCCACUCUCAAGGUGUUCGGCAACCAUGCCAAGACCGAGAGCGGUGUGCAACGCGAGACCCUCAAGCUUGAGAUCCUCAAGAACAUCAUCAACAGCUCAGAGGGCUCCAGUUCUGGCUCUGGCCACAAGCAUAGCUCCCGAAACUGGCCACCUCACAGGGACACCACUGACCUGCACCGGCAUUCCUUCGCAGAGUCGCUGAAGGUGUACCCUACACCUGGCCGUGGCAGCCCGCAGGAGAGCAGCUCCCACGUGAGCAGGAGGCUGCUGGAGCAGUCCGCAGAGUCCUUCCUGCACGUCUCACACAGCUCCUCAGACAUCCGCAAAGUGACCAGUGUGAAGCCCCUUAAAGCCAUCCCCUGCAGCAGUUCGGCCCCUCCCCUGCCUCCCAAGCCCAAGGUGGCUGCCAUGAAGUCCCCCGAGGCUGACCAGGUGGAACCAGCCUGUGGGGUCAGCCGGAGACCUUCUCUUCAGCGGUCCAAGUCAGACUUGAGUGACAGGUAUUUCCGAGUAGAUGCAGAUGUGGAGAGGUUCUUCAACUACUGCGGACUUGACCCGGAAGAGCUGGAAAACCUUGGCAUGGAGAACUUUGCAAGGGCUAAUUCUGACAUCAUAUCUCUCAACUUCCGCAGCGCAAGCAUGAUCAGCUCAGACUGUGAACAGUCUCAGGACAGUAACAGUGACCUUAGAAAUGAUGACAGUGCCAAUGACCGGGUGCCAUAUGGCAUUUCUGCCAUCGAAAGAAAUGCUAGAAUCAUCAAGUGGCUAUAUAGCAUCAAACAAGCUAGAGAGUCACAGAAGGUGUCCCACGUGUAAGAGGCACAGUGGUGAAAAGGAGGGAGGGGUGGGUCUGUCUGUGCAUACACAGUUGUGAAGGUUGUGAGGUCUCCUUGAAGUGUUGUGAGCUUCUCCACCCUUUGUGUUGCUUGUUGUGCAAUGUUCUCAAGUUGCAUGCCUGUCAACAUGGCGACUGGCCUGGCUUCCUUGUCACACCUCUGCAGAACCUUGCUGAACACGCAUCUGCCAAAAGUUUCCGGCCAGAAUCUGAUUAGGGCUUUGCUCUUAAGCAAAACUGUUUACAGGAAAAAAAAAAAAAAAUGGUUUCAAUUUCUUCAAUAUUUAUGUGGUUUUGUGUUUUUAUACCCUGCGCUAUUGUGUCUUAAUUAAAAAUUUUAUCAACUGGCUUUUAAGUUGAGAGCAGAAUCUUUUUGAAACAAAAAGCCACUUUGCCUACAUGGGAGACCAUAACACUGGGAAAAUAUAUGGGACUUGCCACCAGACACAGAAUGACUGACAGAUAGAGAGCCAGGCUAGAGUUUAUUUAUGUGAAAUCAAGUGGGGGUGGGGGGGCGCUUGCCCUUGUUCUUCAGGCUUGGUAUUCUCUUGCCACUUUGUGGAGCGUUGUGGGCCAACAGUGUAGUCCUCACUCCAAUUCACUGUAUAAGUUGGUAUUUUUGUAGUAAUGACCCCAGGAAAGACAAUCAGAUAAAAUCUGGCAUAAGCAAAUGUAGAAGGUUCAAUAUUGAUCGGGAGGAGGGUGGAGAGACUGGUGAUGCUGUUCAAAGUGGGAUAAUUCAGAAAUCUCUAGUAUUAACCCGACAGGAAGUGCCACACUACAGCUGGUUAAAGCUGAUACAGAAUGCUAUUUUUAAAACUUUAUUUUGUUUUGUGCUUUUGGCCAAGAACUACUAACUCCUGUGGUUCCUCUCCCUUGCUCCCAUGGUAGGUGUUCUGUUUGGGGCAGAUGGGUGGGGGUUCUGCAGGUUUGCACUCUCUGAAGACGUGAAGGGAAGUGAGGAUACCAUUCAUGUCAGUAUAGUCUCCAUUCCACCUUGUGCACAUGGUCCCAGCAUCACAUCGCAGCAGCCUGAUGCUGUUGCUUUGUUUAUACUCCUCUCUCAGGCUGAGGGUAUUUGUUACAGCUCUAGAAAACCGUAGAAACACUGUAGCUUUCCGCCCUGUUGUCUCUUGUUGCCCCUUCCCACAAUUCCCUGCCCUCCCUCUCUCCCUCCCUCCCUCCGGGUGAUGGUCUGCUACUGCACUGCUUCACAGCCCACAGGUUCUCAGCAGAAACAUCUUGGUCCUCAUCAGCUACUAGGAGCCUACGAACGGCGUGAAUGCUGUAAGACUUUGUACAUACUUUAGUUGUUCUGGAAUCUAAGAAGACAGUUAUGCUAAUAAAUAG